AUGGCGCAUAAGAAAAUUGGGAACCGAAACGAAUUAACCUGUAGACCGCUCGAUUCGUUGGAAGAAAUUGAGUCAUUUUUACAAAAUCCACCUGCGUGGAGGACUUUAUGCACUGAUUUAGUACCUCACAGUGAGAGUGUAGUGAGAAACAUAAAAAUAAAUCCGUUUUUCGGUGAAAAUCUACUCGAAACUCCACAAACGUUCUGUCAUUAUGAUCCGGAAGCGCAGGAAGUGGAGCGCGAGGAACGUCGACGACUACCAAAGACACUGGUUUGCCAUGAUAUGGCUAAUGGCUACCACGAUGACAGUUUCAUCGACGGCACGGGUAACUACACCGCGUACUCGUUCUACAACUGGGGCGGCAUCGAUAUAUUCUGUUAUUUCAGCCACCACUUCAUAACCAUCCCUCCUCUGGGCUGGAUCAACGUGGCCCACGCGCACGGGGUUCAAGUUAUCGUUGUUGUUUAUUGUAAAGGUACCGUAAUAACGGAGUGGGCGGACGGCGUGGCGAUGUGGGAGCGGCUGCUGUCUUCGGAGUCCCAGUGGCAGGACUUCGCCAGCAUGCUGGUCGCCAUCGCCAAGACCUUGAAGUUUGACGGCUGGCUGCUGAAUAUAGAGAACAAGGUGUCGGACCCCCGCUCGUUGGUCCAGUUCGUGGGUCACCUGCACACGGCCCUGCACCAGGAGCUGCCUCACGCGCUGCUGCUGUGGUACGACAGCGUCACCGUCGACGGACAUCUCAACUGGCAGAACGCUCUCAACGAGAAGAACAGGGCGUUCUUCGACGUGACGGACGGUCUGUUCACGAACUACUCGUGGGGCGUGUCGGACGUGUCGGCCAGCGUGCUGGAGGCCGGCGACCGCCUCACCGACCUCUACAUAGGGAUCGACGUGUGGGGACGGAACUUCUACGGCGGCGGCCAGUUCAACACGCAGCAGGCGGUGCAGGUAGCGUUCCAUCAAGGCUGUUCGUUAGCCAUAUUCGCUCCGGCCUGGACGCACGAGGCUCUCUCCAACGACGAGGACAACAUCAACUGGGUGACGGACGGCGAGGAGCUGGACGGCUACGACCGGUUCUUACUGAGAGACCGCGCGCUGUGGAACAGUCUGUGGCCCUUCCUCAACACCAAGCUGCCCACCCGCCUGCCCUUCAUGACGUCCUGGUGCCGCGGACAGGGCACCAGGAGGAGGAUAUAUGGAGAAGUGAUAUGUCCAGUUCCGUGGUACAACCUGCGACACAUGCACUAUCAACCCAACUCGACCCUCGGACCACACGGGUACUUUCUGUCCACACAGGACAACAUCCAACGACUCUCUAACUUGGGGCUGUUGAGGGAUAAGGAGGGCAUCCUCCGGUACAGGAAGUCAUUGGAACAGGGCAAGAUGGACACGGAGAGAGACACCGGAAACGUCGCCAUGAACAUUAAAGAAGAUAGUCUGACGGCUCUGGACGCCGGCCCACGGAGAGACGUGGAGGACAAGAGUAACACGAACACGGAGAAGACCAGCGUCAAGAUGAAGGUGAAGAACGCGCUGAGGAACCUGUUCAAGAGUAGAACAAACAGAAGCGACAGGAGCGACCGGGACACGGUGAGCCAGGCGAGCGAGGGGAGGGAGGAGGACGCGCGGGGGGAGGAGCAGUACCAGGGGACGGGCAAGUCCAUGGUGAGGAUGUCGCUCAACCUGAAGCUGGGCCGGAGCAGCAAGACGCGCUACUGUCUGGGGUACGUGCCGCUGGAGAGGGAGUGUCUGGAGCUGUGCUACCAGGACAGCUUCAUGGGCGGCUCGUGUCUCACGGUGCACCCCGCCGACGACGAGUACGAGGAGCAGCGGACGGCGCGCCUGUUACACUGUGACUUCCUGUGUGAGGACACGCUGGUCGUGUGCGUGGUGACCAAGACGCUGCACGACCACCCCGACCAGUUCCUCAAUGUAGGCUUGAGUUUGACGGACGGGAAGGUGCAGCUGGUGGGGAGGAGCUUCGCCAGCGGGGGGGAGGAGCCGGCCGGGGCCGAGCUGCAGCUGGUGUACCCCGUCAACGAUGACGACGACUUCCCGGAGCUGCAGAAGUACCUGGUAGUGAACGAGCCCGGGUUCUACGUACCGGUCGGCAACCCGUACGGCUGGAGGGUCAGGUAUUUCCGUGUCCGUGUCCCUGGUUCCCGCGUGUUAGCCAUCAGCUGUCGGACCGGCCUACACCUCGGACCAAUACUGCUGGGACACCUGGGACUAUGUACCAUGAAAGAUACACACACCGAUGACGUGAGCACGAGCUACAUGCGAUGA